GCGAAAAGUGAAUCAACCGUGCUAAUGGAUUCGCCGGAGAAAACAGUUUCCAAUAUGAAUUCCACCCCGGUCGCUAUCGAUAUCUAUUCAGUGUUGAGUAUUUUAUUAGUGGCGUUAAUGUGGGGAGCCACCAACCCGUUCAUUAAACGUGGAAGCGUUGGAUACAACGAGCUGAAAGCAAACAGCAGGUUGGGGCAAAUUUGGUUGGAGAUAAAAUUUCUCAUCUCCCGGUGGCAAUACGUUCUUCCGCUUAUACUUAAUCAACUGGGCAGUGUGGUGUACGUGAUAACACUGCAGAGGACUGAACUUUCACUUACCGUGCCGAUGGCAAAUUCGCUCACGUUUGUUUUCACCGCUAUCACGGCAAAGCUGCUGGGGGAACAGCAAUCUGGUUGGAAAAUCUACUGCGGAAUGGCUCUCGUUAUAUUGGGGACCAUAAUUUGUGGAAUUGAUAAGGUUCGGUGAUACUAUAAAACUGAAACACACGGUUAUUUAAAAUAGAUAAAUUUCUACAAUAUGUAAAGAAACUAUUUUUUCU